AUGCCUGGUGUCCCGUCUGGGCGCGCAUGUGAAAACUGCCGCCGCCGACGUCAAAAGUGUGACUACGCCAAGCCCACAUGCUCGCGAUGCGUUCGCCUCGGCGUCGAGUGUGUCGGCUCCGGCCAACGGCGCUUCCUCUUCAUAGACCAGAAAUGCGCCAGACGGCAGAAUGCAGCUUCCCAGAGUACCGAGGGCUCAGCUAAAUCGACUCCCUCUUCCUCCUCUUCGCUACUGUCACUCUCGCCGUGCCCCAGUGGUGAAGCGGACGCGCUCGUCGGCAGCUUCGCGGAGAUGAUAAGGCCUUCCACGGACCGUAGAUUCAACCUUGCGUGGACCUACGGCGAGUUCCUUCAGAGCGUCCCGCAGAGGCUAGGGUCUAGCAACGCGCUCGACGUAGCGGCGCAGGCGCUGGUGGCAUCGCAUCGAGACUUUGCUGUGCGUCGUCCAGUCACGUUGGAGAGCCUGGCAAAGUACUCGGAUGCCAUAAAAGCAUUGACAGAGAGCAUCAGUAACCCCAUAACAUCCCAUUCUCUAGAGACAAUCUGUGCCGUAGUAUUGUUAACCAUGUGCCAAAAUCUCAGUGGGCUUGGCCUACAGCAUCUCACAAGCCAUUGCCAGGGCGCCGUUCAGAUGUUGCGCGCAAGACAGUCUUACCACAUCACCGACGAUUUCGAAAUGGGCUUGCACUCGUACUUGCAUGGGCCAGUGCUGGUCCAAUCUCUCUUCAACAGGGCGAUGCGACUUUCACCAGCCAAGUUCGAGGCCUUGUCAGAAGUUCUCGCUAUCAACAAGAAGUCACCGGGGUCUAGCACCUUGGUCUUGUUAUUUCGAAUACCUGCGCUCUUGCAGCGUGGCAGAGCCGUGAUGCAGGGCCAAGUUGACCGCGAAGCCUUCAUCACCGACCUGUCCAUGAUCUACAACACGGUGCAAAAUGCGGCCUCUAUCGUAUACUCCAAAUACAUGGCAGGCCCUGCCACAGAGAGCAAGUACACCGGCCCGUACGGUUUUUGCCUGGCGUUCUGCUGCUUCUUUAAUUGUAUGCUGCGGGCCGUGGACCCCGACAACGCCUCGCUGCGCGAAGAAGCCCGAACUCUGGUCCAAAACACGUUCGACCUGCUCCCCGAAGCCCAGAGGAACAGACCUCUGGGCGCCGCGCACAUGAUGCUCAACUUCAACGCAGCGUGGUUAUGCGCUGAGGACGAGGACGUGCGGCACCGGCUGCACGCGCUGCUGGGGGAGUUUAGCUGGGAUUUUCGCAGAGACGCCCAUACCAUGUGGCGUUUGGGGCAUCUUGAGACCCUGCUCUGCGAUUUCCAAUUCAAGACGGACCCAGGAGUUGUUUUGCAGCAUGCCGUGUGA